GUGAAGCGGCGCUCAAAGCGGGGGCAGGUGGGCAUGGUGCAGGUUGGUGUGGAGACCUAUGGAGGGGGAAUCUGGAACACAUGGUUUGACCGUGACCUCACCAUGGCCGGGAGGGUGAUCAUAAAGGACCCGGUCACAGGGCGCCUGGAGCACCGCCUGGUAUGUGUGGAGCGGCCUGUCCUCCGCAUUCCCCACCUGGCCAUCCAUCUGCAGCGCAGCAUCAAUGAGAACUUCGGGCCCAACACCGAGCACCACCUGGUUCCCAUUCUGGCCACUGCUGUGCAGGAGGAGCUGAAAAAGGAGGUCCUCAUGGAGGCCACACCUUGUGAUGCUGCGGCCCAGGCAGAGCGGCACAGCCCUGUCCUGCUGUCCCUGCUCUGCCCCCAGCUGGGGGUGAAACCAGAGCAGAUUGUGGAGCUGGAACUAUGCCUCGCAGAUACGCAGCCAGCGACACUGGGUGGUGCCUUUGACGAGUUCAUCUUCUCCCCACGCCUGGACAACCUGCACAGCUGCUACUGCGCCCUGCAGGCCUUGAUUGACUCAUGUGCAGCACCCUCCUCCCUUUCGCAGGAGCCCAACGUGCGUCUCAUUGCACUCUACGACAAUGAGGAGGUAGGGUCAGAGAGUGCACAGGGUGCAGAGUCCCUGCUGACAGAGCUGGUGCUGCGCCGGAUCUCAGCGUCACCGCAGAACCUGACAGCCUUCGAGGAGGCUGUGGCAAAGUCCUACAUGAUCAGUGCUGAUAUGGCUCACGCUGUGCACCCUAACUACGUGGACAAGCAUGAGGAGAAUCAUCGUCCAGCUUUCCACAAGGGCCCCGUCAUCAAAGUGAACAGCAACCAGCGCUACGCCUCCACUGCUGUCACUGAAGCCAUCAUCCGGGACAUCGCCACCCGUGUGGGUGUCCCUCUGCAGGAGUUCAUGGUGCGCAAUGACACACCCUGCGGCACCACCAUCGGCCCCAUCUUGGCGUCUCGUCUGGGGCUGCGCGUGCUGGACAUUGGCUGCCCGCAGCUCGCCAUGCAUUCCAUCCGGGAGAUGUGCUGUACCUCGGGUGUGCUCCAGAGCAUCACCCUCUUCAAGGGCUUCUUCGAGCUCCUGCCGGCGGUCAGCAGCAGCCUGGUGGUUGACUGAGCACAGCAGGGAGAGAGGGAGCGGCGGGCCAUUAAAGCUUCUCUG